UGGAAAACCCUGCUUAUCAAAAGACAUUUGGAAACCCACGAGCGUAUUGGGGCGUGUAGUUAAUGUUAUUCUCUGCUAAUUGAAAACCGAAGCUACCAAGCUUGUGAAACCUUUUAUUUCUUUGAUCUGGAUCGCGGGUUUCUGAAAUUUCUCUCUCACCAAUUGCUUCAGCAAUGUCCAGGCGUGAGAACAAGUUACCUAAGUCAUGGAUUGGUAUUCGGAACGGUCAAGUUGCAGUUUUGCUCAUAUUUUUGGCUCUGAUCUUUGUAGCUAUAAUACUAUAUUCUCGUCACAACAUUGAAAAACCCAGUUCUUCAUAUGGGCCCAUGAAGCUAAAAUGGAAUAGCUUUGAGUCUUUGGUUAAGUUUGAUCCAACUGUGGAAUUUAUGAAUGGAACGGAUGUGAUAUGGCAAAUACCUGAUUCGCCUAAGGCAGUUCUCUUUCUUGCUCAUGGGUGCAAUAACAAAGCUGUUAAUUUUUGGGAUAGAUCUCCUAAGUGCCUGAAAUGUGUUGGUAUGCCUGAAGAUAGACUACUUGUCCUUCAUGCUCUUACUCGGAAUUUCGCGGUAAUUACUGUUUCAAGUAGAGGGAGGUGCUGGUCAUUUGGGAAGGAAAGAUUACUUGUUAAAGGAAUUAUCAAUUGGUGGGUUGAGAAACAUAAGCUUGAGAAGCUGCCUCUUGUAGCUUUGGGGGCCUCCUCUGGUGGGAACUUUGUUUCUGUGCUUGCCACGGAUUUAAGAUUUAACAGCAUUACGAUAAUGAUUGCUGAAGGAUUUUUUGAUCAGAUGGAUAUAACGAAGGACUAUCCACCUACCCUUUUUGUGCAUAUGCCCAAAGAUGAAACUAGGAAGCAGAAGAUAGAUGAAAAUAUGAGAAUCCUAAAGGACAAAGACAUCGACACUGCAGAGAUUAAAUGCAUGGAAUUUCCCUUGUCACAUAAUUUCUUAGCUUACAGGAUUCCAGGUCUUGAUCAUUCUAUCUCAGUGAAGCUGUUUAAUCUAUUACAGGACAAGGGCUUCAUUGACAAGAAUGGUUAUAUGAUGAAGGAUGGGCGUGCAACACCGUGGAAAGCAGCUCUCAAGCAGAGCAAGAUUCAUUUAGCAAAUAAGUCUCUGGUCAAUCACAUUCAAGAGGAACUGAAUCUUGCAUUUUCAUAUCAUGAAAUGACUAGCUUACAGUCUGACCAAAUAUUUGAGUGGUUUGAAUCCCAUAUGAGCUGAUCAAGGCUAUCUGCUGUCAGAUUCUUCCUUUUGUCACCCUUGAAAGAGCAUCAUAGGCAGUUCAUCAAUCCAGAUGACUUCAGAACUCGAAUGAAAGUUUAGACAAACUUAUUAGCAUUUUGAACAGAACACCCAAACUGGGAACAUCAGCAAGGACCGUCGAUUGUCAAUCUUCUUUACAAUUUGCCUAGUUCGUCAGAAAGGAAAGGUAUGAUGAUGGCUUCUUGGAUGAGUAAGAUAAAGCUACAAAUGUUCAUACUUACAUCAUGAGGGUGCGUAGUACAUAAACCUUGGUUUCCACAGAACAUGCGUACUGUUAGAUGCAGAAAAUUAGAAGCCUCACAUUCUAAUUUUCUUCUUGAUCACAAGUGUUGUUACUAUUGUACGAUACGUGAUACAUAUUUAAAUGCAACUAAAUAUCCAUGCAUGGAUGAAAU